AUGGAAUUAGUCGAAGGUGGUGCUGAUAUGGAUGUGACCAUGGAUAAUGUCGAGCUUUAUGUACAGAAAUGUGCAGACUUUUAUUUGAAUACGGGCAUAAUCAACCAACGGUUGUUAUCCGGUGAGCAAUGUCCUGAAUGGACAAGGGAAGACGUGCUGAACUACACAGAACCGAAACUGGGCUACACCAAAGAUUCUCCCGGGUUUCUACGAUUUGUCGACGUCAUGGUGGAACUUAACCCACAAGAACGGAAAAAUUUCCUCCAGUUUGCAACGGGAUGCUCAAGUUUACCACCCGGUGGGCUCGCUAAUCUCCAUCCUCGUUUGACGGUUGUCCGUAAAGUCGAGAGCGGUGAUGGCAGCUAUCCUUCUGUGAAUACUUGCGUGCACUACCUCAAACUGCCCGAGUAUUCGUCAGCUGAUAUAUUACGGGAACGUCUUCUGACGGCGGUCAACGAAAAAGGAUUCCAUCUCAAUUAA